UGACUUCGACCGUACUGGCAUUCGGUGUUUAGUCUGGCGAAUCGGUGGUACCGUCAUGAGGAUGUUAACCACUUUUGCGUCAGUAGUUCUUCUGGCCAGUUUCACUGGCGCCCAACAAACAGAAACUACCGUCAAUGUCUUGCAGAAAAUUUAUCACAAAUGCGCAGAUAGCGAAUCUAUGUUAUCUUGUGUUAAACCGAAAGUGUUGGCUUACAUCACCGAUGCCGUGAAACAAGACAAAUUAGCAAUUACGGAAGAUUUAGCGGUAGUUAAAUCACGUGAUGCACCAGAGCAUAAAACAGAAGAUUACUCUCCUUUAGAAUACGAUGUCGCAGAUCCAUCUAAGAGAAAACUUCUGCGAACAUUGAUGCUCGAGAAAUUGGACUCGUAUUUGUCAAGCCAUCAACUUGAGGCUAAACUACCAGCAGCGAUUGUGGGCUCCAAUAUUGUUCCUAGAUCCUUAGUCGACAGCAUUCCAAACAGUCUUACAGUCCCUCUUAAUAAUUUUUCUAAUGAACAAGGUCGAGGUUUCGUCAAGAAGGUGAUGAUACCUUUUCUACUUGGUCUUAAGUUCAAAGCCACCGCUUUGGUACCUCUUGCUCUCGCUCUCAUCGCUUUAAAAACAUGGAAAGCACUGACUCUGGGUCUUUUAUCUUUGGUUCUCAGUGGAGCAAUGGUGAUCUUUAAGUUGACUAAACCAAGAGUCGCUUACGAGGUUGUUCAUUAUGGACACCCAGCACCUAUAGAACAUCCUCCUCACUGGGAUACUGCACCCCAAGGACCCUAUAGGGCUUAUAGGAAAUAGAACAAUGUACAACACGAUUGAUCAUUUGUAGAUUUAUUUAAUAUUUAUUCAUUGUUAGUGUUCCAUUUACAUUAUUUAUGUAUAAUAAAACUUUUACAUUAUUUCAUCAAAUUUGUGGUACUUUUGUCUCAACACUUCGUUUUAAACUGUUUUCUUCAGAUGUACGAAUUCUAUCAUUCCAACAGUAAAUAUAUCUCACAAAAGAAUGAAGUAAACAAAUAUAA